UGUUAAAGAAGCUAAAUUUCUAGGACUACUCCUGGGUAACAAAAUGACUUUCAUCCCAUAUAUAAAAUCUCUAUGGAGCAGAUGCUUAAAAGCUUUGGACAUUAAUAAAGUACAAGCAAAAACAAAAUGGGAUGCAGAUUGCACUGUCCUUUUGCAGCUCUACAGACUGUUGGUCCGCUCCUGACUGGAUUAUGGAAGUAUAGUUUACGGAUCUGCCAGAAAAUCGUGCCUAUAAAUGCUUGAUACUGUGCAUUAUCAAGGUUUGAGACUUGCCUUUGGGGCUUUCAGGAGUUCUCCUGUACAAAGUCUUUACACAGAAGGAAAUGAACCACCUCUUUAAAUUAGACAUCUGAAAUUAGCUAUUCAGUUUGCAGUUAAGAUAAAGACAAACCAACACAACCCAGCCUACAUGCCAAUCUUCCACCCACAGUAUUUGCAUUUGUAUGACCCAAGCAUAUCAUGCCCUUUGGAAUAUGCAUCAGACCUCAUCUAGAAAACAUGGACAUAAAUCUUGACAUUCUAAGCCAGACUCACUUCUGCCCAAUUCCCCUUUGGAGUUUAAAGUUAUGCAUCAAUCUUGAAUUGACCUGUAAUAAGAAGGCUGAAAAUGUUCCACAUAUAUAUCAACAGCAUAUCUUUGACAUAAGAAGCCUUUUCCCCAAUCAUAAAUCUAUAUACACAGAUGGGUCAAAAAUAGACAAUGGUGUAUCUGCAGCAGCAGUUAUCGGUCACCAGCACUAUGGCAUUCGCAUCCCAGGCCAAAGUUCCAUUUUUACAGCUGAAGCCCAUGCUCUACUCCUUGCUAUAGAACAUAUAGAAAAUGCAGAAGAAUGGAACUUCAUAGUAUUCACUGACUCAAAAUCCUGCCUUCAAGCACUGGAAUCUAUGAAGUCAGAUCAUCCCAUUACUGUUUAUAUAUAAUAAAAGCAAAUCAGCUACAGAGACACUAUUACAACACAAGCUUCUGUUGGAUUCCAGGACAUAGCGGACUUUUUGGCAGUGAGCAAGCAAGCAGACAAUGUUGCUAAAAAAGCUCUCACGGAAAGAAUUAGAGAGUGCCAAAUCCCACCUUCAGACCUCAAGCCCUUAUUUAACAACUAUAUGUUUAAUAAAUGGCAAGCGGAACGGGAAGAAUCCUGUCAUUGGAAAAAGAUACAUUUAUCCUUUCAAAUAUAGACACAAUUAAGUGUACACAGGGGUCUUCAAACUGGGGUCCACGGACCCGCAAGGGGGUGCUAGGGGGUCCGCAGAAAAUGUUAGAAAAAAGUGGGGAAAAAAGCACAUUAUAUAGGGAUGCACAAUUAAUCUUAUUUUAACUGCGAUCAUGGUUUCUGCCUCUCGCAGUUAAUUAAGCAUAACCAUUUGCGAUAUUAGUGAGCUAGCAAACAGAAAUUAUCAGCCAGGUAAAGUUGCAAAUUGUUACUCAUUUUUAUUAUAGGCUGUGUCUACAGAUGACAGACCAAAUCACAAGCUAUAACUCAACUGACCAUUCACGCUCUCUUCAGAAGUUCGCCACAUUCAUUUGGCACCAUAAUUCACAUUCAAGCAUGCGUUGAAAUACAGAGCAGCAAUAGUUUGAGUAUCAUAUGUGCACCGCUUUCAUUACACGAGGCUCACAUUAAAAAGAUGGAAAAUGAUGCUUUCGGAAACUAUACGGAGGUAGGAUGAAAGUCAGGUGUCUUUCAAACUGUUCUGAGACCCGUUUCCAUAAGAGUUCCAUUCAUUCAACAGUGCUGUCGGUUAAAAGCCAUUAAGAUUAGGCAGCAAGUAUGCUGAAUAAACUUCCUAUGCAGUAAGGUGUUACAGCAGUUCUGUGCUGGAUCGACAUGAAUUCCAUCUCAUGCUCUCAUUAUGAAUUUCAGAACAGCUGUGCUCUGAGUUCAGUUUGGUUUGUGCGAUUGGGCAGAAAAAUCGCGAUUAAUAAUUGUGCUAAAAAUUUUGAGCAAAAUAAUCAUUAUCAUUUUAACCACUAUUGUGCAGCCUAAAGGGGCGGUCACACUAGUCUUUGAACAUGCGAAUUUUUCGGACAGCACAACGAACCAGGAUAUGAUGUCACGCGGGAGGGCUUCUGGUAAGAAAGAAAGGCAUACACAUCUGGGAUGGCAUGAGGAAACUGGAUGAAUCUUCGAGAUGCAGAGACAGGGAAGGUUCUCUGGCAGGGAACUGAAGACCUCUCCCUUCCUGGAGUAGAACAUGAAGCCCGGGUUCCUAAGAAGAUCCUGAAAUGUAAAGCUGUUUCCAGAGAGCUGAAUUUCUCUUCAGUAGAAAAACUGGAAAAAUUCCGACUGGAGCAAAAAGUUUUCUUUAAAGGCCAGUGCCUAGAAGAGUGGUUCUUUGAGUUUGGCUUUGUGAUUCCUAAUUCUACAAAUACAUGGCAGUCUUUGAUAGAAGCAGCGCCAGAGUCACAGAUGAUGCCUGCAAAUGUCUUAACUGGUAAUGUUGUUAUAGAGACCAAGUUUUAUGAUGAUGACCUUCAUGUCAGCACGUCCCGGGUACGACUUUUCUACGUCUGAGGCAUGGAAUCCUUAAUUUUUUUACUGUCACUCCAGAGGAUGGCCCAAUCACUGCAGGUUUUACUAGCCAGAGGAGACACUCAACAUACAGAGUAUUUCUAAAGGCAGUGUGAAAACAGCAUUAUAAGGAACAUUUCAAUAAAACACAAUUUCAAGACAAACGAUCGCACCAGUUUUAUUGCAGAUAAAGACUUGUACAUAAGAGCUAUGAUGCUCAUGACAACCUGGUUGUGUACAUUUCUGUUUGUAUAUUUUUCUUUUCUCCUUUUAAUUCUGCAAUGUACACUGCUUCUUUAUCGGCUGUUUUCUGCCAGUCUGUGUGGUUAAUCAUGGUCUCGUUUUGUUUUGUUUUGUUUGUUUUUUUAGCCAUAACUGUAAGAUAGGCUGUGUUGAAAAUACAUGAUGUAAUUACGGAUUAAAAUAUUGGAAUUAAUGAGUGCUGU